GGGUUUGUUUCAUUUCGUCAUCAUCUCAUCUCUCUUCUCUUUGCAUAACUGAUUCAAGACCAACCUGCUUACAGGGAGCGAGCUUUCCACCAACGUAACCUCAUCGAUCGACCGACGAUGACGAUGAUAAUCAACGGAUGCCCCCAAAUGCCAGCUGUUUUCGCCUUCUCUUUGAGUUUCUUUGCAUAAAUCUUCAUUAAUUCCGCCCAAAUACCAUCGUCGUCCAAACCCCGAUUUCGUAAACCCCCGGGGAAUUUCUUGCUGCUUAUAGCCAAAAUCGUGAAUUUGGAGAAUAUAAAAAUGGUGAAAUCGAGAGCCGACAGUGCGAAGGAAGGGCCUUCGGUGCUUGAUUCUUCUCUAUCUCCAUCUCCUUUUUCUCCGAUUGAUGCGGCGGCGGAGGAGGCGGCGGAGCAAAUUCUGAAUUGCGUACAUCCCACGCUUGACUCGGAGGAGAAGCGGAGAGAUGUCAUAGAUUACGUUCAACAGCUCAUCAAUACUUGCGCUGCCUGUCAGGUUGUAGCUUAUGGAUCAGUGCCGCUCAAGACAUAUUUACCGGACGGAGAUAUUGACUUGACGGUUCUCGUAGGUCCGGACGCUGAAGAAUCUCCAGUGCAUAGCAUCUUUGCUGCACUACAGGCUGAAGAGCGGAAUACAAACUCUGAAUACGAAUUCAGGGAGACAAGGCUUAUCGAUGCUGAGGUUAAAAUUGUGAAAUGCCUUGUGCAGAACAUUGUGAUCGAUAUCUCCUUUGAUCAGUUAGGCGGUCUCUCAACACUCUGCUUCCUGGAAGAGGUGGAUCGAAGGGUUGGACGAGACCACCUUUUCAAACGCGGCAUAAUCCUGGUCAAAACCUGGUGCUACUACGAGAGCCGCAUCCAUGGUGCUCACCAUGGCUUAUUUUCAACCUAUGCACUGGAAGUGCUCAUCCUCUACAUCUUCCAAUUUUUUCAUUCAUCACUGACCGGCCCAUUGUCGGUGCUUUACAAGUUCUUGGAUUACUAUAGCCAGUUUGACUGGGGGAAUUACGGCAUCAGUUUGAAAGGCCUUGUCCGUAACUCUUCCCUCCCCAAAAUUGCAGUGGAAGUGCCCGAAGGCGGGGGCAACAAACUGCUUGCAGAUGAUUUCCUGGAAAGAUGCACGGAAAUGUAUGCAGUUCCCUCCCGAGAGGUUACGUCUCGCAGAAACAUAUUUCGGAUCAAACAUCUUAACAUAGUUGAUCCACUUAGAGAAGACAACAAUCUCGGGCGCAGCAUACACAGAGGGAAUUUCUAUCGCAUACAAAGUGCACUCAAAUAUGGCGCAAGGAAGCUCGGUCAAAUUCUGUCUCAUUGCCCCAAAGAUGAAAUCAGUAGUGAGCUCAACAAGUUCUUCGCAAACACUCAUUCCCGGCACGAACAUCCAUACACAAGCAGGAUUCCGGAUUUGGUCCCAGAGCUCAAUGGCGAAGAAUCGUGGAUCUCGCCUGACCUGCCUAAGGACUCACCCUACAGUGAUGUCAACUGUGAUUAUCUUGCUGCACGAGAGAUUGCUCUUCUGGAAGUUCCAUUCAAGACUGAAUCCACAGGUUGUUUGAAGAACGAUCCAUCACUGCCUUGUUGUUCACGUAAGUCCAAGAUAGACUCAGAGAUCAUGGAAGGAGGCGAGUUGGAAGUUUUCAAUCCUUUGGCUGACCUGACCGGAGAUUACGAAAGCCAUGUCAGAAGCUUACUCUGCGGUCAGUUUCGCCAUUUAUCUACUGCAGCACCGAGCAGUCCUCCAUCGCAACCUUCCCUUCGGCAGAACAGGUCAUCUCAAACAAAUUUGUCUCAAAACGGGGAAGGAAUUGGCACUCAGAAGGUAUCUCGUAGUGAAUCGAAUGAGAGGACCCGGAAUGAGGUGGGCCGCUAUCACAACAAUCGUCUUCGUCAUCAUGGGCAGAGAUAUUCCUUCGACAAUAGUAGCUGGGGAGGAUUUCUGUUAGCAAGAAGCAGACAUUCCAACCUGAGGUUGUCUGGCUCCCUACAGUACCAAUAUCCUCCUCGAUUCGUCGAGGAACAGAACCAAGCCACUGGGCAUUUAUAUUCGUGUAGAAUCCAGUUUGGAUCAUUUUGGAGCCCAUAUGUAGCAAGUUCGACUCAGUCUCCCGGUGCAUACUACAUGCUGCGUCCAAGAACUGAGACUGCACAACAAAGGUAUUGAACUACAGUAUUUGGAUUCUCUCAAGUUAUUCGACAAAGGAUCAAAACAGGAUUGGGAAUAUUAGUAUUAGGUUUGUCGAAGGUUCUCGCUGUGUGAUGUCUAAAGCUGAACUUGUUGUGCCGUUUCAGGGCUUCUCGGUGGACGGAAUUCCUAAUAAAUGAAGACGAGUUUCCUCCUUUAUGACUUUGAAAUGCAUUUUUGUACAAUGUUAGAACUUCUUCCUUAAUCGAAGAAUGGCGACAAGCGGCGAAGCUUAUGAGCUCCAUACAUUGUAUCGAUAAACAUGAGGUUCAAUUCUUUUUCUUCUUCGCCGUCUUGUUUUUGUCGGAACAGAUGUGAGAAUGAUUGUGUGGCUGUGUUUUUUGGCCAGAGGAUUUUAACCCCGGGAGUGAUGUAGUUUGAGGAUAGCGAUUGUGGCUUUUUGUGUUGUGUAGGUAUUGUGCGUAGUAGGCGGGAAACUCAAACUCACGUUCGGAGUUUGAAAGAAAAAAAAAAUAUUAGAAAGGAAGAGAGGAAAAUACACAACAAAAAAAAAAAAAAAAAA